CGAAGAACCAGCGCCAAGCUUGCCGGAACCGGAAGAGACGGGGAAAGCAUUUCCUGAUGGACCGAGGUGGCAGGAAGCGGGCAGGGAUCGCUUGUUAGGAAGGGGCCGCCAUGAGCCGACUGCGGGAGGAGGAUGACCCUUAUGUGAUCGAGGAGCCGAGCGACGAGGAGCCGGCGCAGAGCAGGUCUAGAUAUAUAUAUCUAGAGGCGGGUUCUCCUUUUCCGCUGUGUUUGCGGGGGUGGGGAUUAGUGUGGACGUAAAUAGACGUGUAAAGGGGGGGGGUGGAGUUUCCUCCUGCUCUCUCCGUACGUUAAUAUGGAUAAUAUCUCUGAAAUCGCUCAGAAAGAAAUGGUCGGGACGUUCUAUCCUCACCUGGGUUUUGGUUUGGUAAAACUCCCCUCCGCUUGAGAUCUCCAAAUAUUUCUUUAUGGUUCUGUUUUUUAAAAAAUUGAAACAGCGGCUUCAAGUUUCAGGAAUCGCCCCUCGGUGUUAUUUUGGGGAAAUCGGCACGCUAUUCUUUCCUUCUGUUAUAACCAGUGCUUUUUUUCUAAAAAAAUUGUUUAGGGGUACUCUCAUUUUCCUACUCAUAUUGAAAUACUGCCCCUCAAUGAGGCCAAACUUAGAUUCACAAAAUGUUUAGGCCGUAUGCGUACCCUUGCGUCCCCCCAGAAAUAAAGCACUGGGUGUAACAGUUAUCAGGGUCAGCUUUGUAUUCACUUAAAUAAAGAUUACUGUUUAUUAAAUUUACAAAAAUGAGUAGGUAGAGGCUGGGUAUUAUUAAAUUUACAUGUACACACACACAUUUCUGCAAUGACUUCCAUGUUCUGUUUCCCCCUGUAGAAAUAGCGAAACAUGGGUGUUUCCAUGGCUCCAUAACUAUUAUUUUUCCAUUUAGUAGCCAUUUAACCUAGAGUGUGAGCGAAUGCACUGUGUGGAGCUUUUAUCCCUUAAUAAGAGGAGGGGUGUGUGUUUCUCAGCUGCUAGGUGAAGCAACUUAAAAUAGAGCUGAGACUAUGGAAUCAGCUGGGUACCUGACAUACAAGCAACCUUUACAGUGCUGUAAAAUGUAUCUGGGGAUGCAGCUAACCUAGAUGGGUAGGCAGGCUGAGGUGCCAGACACCAGAUUCUAGACCACAUCUAGACAGAUAGAUAGGAAAGUGUAAAGGAGAUCUACUGUGUGCUCAGGAGCACUUUGUCUUAGGUCCUAAAAGAUUAUUUUGUGUGUGUUGGGAGGAAGGCAACUGAACAAACUCAGAGGUGGAGGUGAUGAGAUUAUUGCAGACAAACAGGAACAACGACUUUGAUGACUUUAAUUGGCAAGGUCUAGUACAGACAUAGGCAGACUCGGCCCUCCAGAUGUUUUGGGACUACAGUUCCCAUCAUCCCUGACCACUGGUCCUGUUAGCUAGGGAUCAUGGGAGUUGUAGUCCCAAAACAUCUGGAGGGCCGAGUUUGCCUAUGCCUGGUCUAGUACCUUAGCCUUCUUUACUUUCCUAAUAAUAAACCAGAUGCCACAUUUGGCCACUGAUAUUAAUGAGCUUAAAAACACAACUCUAUGCUGGGUUGUGGUUUGUUGUUAAUAUACAAAGCAAUUUACCUGUAUCACACUCCCUGUUUACCUUCAUCAAUCUGCUGGAGCCUGUCUUCACAUGCAGGGGAAGGCCCUAACUUACUGAGAGUUUGAGAUUGGUUACCCGCACUUGGUUUAGCCAGCCAAUUGAAGCCAUUCCUGAAGUGUGGCUGCUGUUGCAUGCUGACAGCUUCUAGGAGGCACAGGUGAGAGCUGAGUGCAGGGUGGAGGACCAAAGGUGUCCCCCACCAGAUGUACCCCCCAACACUCCAGUUGUCACUGUGUACAGUGUAUAGUACACACACCUAACUUUUUUGCUGUAGAGUUAAUAUCAGUAAAUUUCUUCAAUUCUAAGUUCUUUAAAAAUAAUUUUCUCAGUAUUUAAAAUGAACCCUGCUUUUGUUGUGUCUGUAAUAGACUUGCUACAUUUACCUUGCAAUGACAGUCUUCAAUGUUUUAUCACCCUUUAGCUCGGAGGAUGAAGUAGAUGUGCUCUUGCAUGGCACCCCUGAUCAGAAGCGCAAACUAAUAAGGGAAUGUCUAACCGGAGAAAGUGAAUCUUCAAGUGAAGAUGAAUUCCAAAAGGAAAUGGAAGCAGAACUGGACUCCACCAUGAAAAAUAUAGAGGGCAAGUGGAAAUCGCAGCUAACAGGUAAAUCUCUAAACUGUGGGAAAAUAUGAACUUGCUGAUAGCUCUCUUCCUGCACAUCUUAUGCUGGACUGUUGUCAAUUUUGUGCUGUUGCUUCAGUUCACUCCCCUCCCCCUUUAGAGUCUUUACAGCCAAAUCCAUCCCAUUCAGGCUACAUUCUCCAGCCUGGUGCCCUCCAUAUGUUUUGCACUACAAUUCCCACUAUCCCUUACCAUUGACCAUGCUGGCUAAGGGCUGAUGGGAGUUGUAGUCCAAAGACCUGGAGGUGGACAACAGGUUGGAGAAGGUUGCCUUACAGCACUUAAUUCAGGGUGUGUGAGGUGCUUCUGAUGAGAAACAAGGGAGAGAUAAAGCACCUCAUGCCUAGUUUCAAAGAGGAGGGUUUUCUCAUUUUGAGUGAGGUAUAAAGAAGUUUAAGGGACGCGGGUGGCGCUGUGGGUUAAACCACAGAGCCUAGCACUUGCCGAUCAGAAGAUUGGCGGUUCAAAUCCCCGCGACGGGGUGAGCUCCCGUUGCUCAGUCCCAGCUCCUGCCCACCUAGCAGUUCAAAAGCACAUCAAACUGCAAGUAGAUAAAUAGGUACCGCUCCGGCGGGAAGGUAAACGGUGUUUCCGUGCACUGCUCUGGUUCGCCAGAAGCGGCUUAGUCAUGCUGGCCACAUGACCCGGAAGCUGUACACCGGCUCCCUCGGCCAAUAAAGCGAGAUGAGCGCCGCAACCCCAGAGUUGGUCACGACUGGACCUAAUGGUCAGGGGUCCCUUUACCUUUACCUUUAGAAAGAAGUUUAACCUGUGUAGUCAGAGUCUCAUUGGAGUGCAGUGGCUAAUAUUGGAAUGCGAGCUAUAAAUUUCUGCUCAUCUCUGAAGCAGAACUGCAGGGCUCUUGUAUGCAAGGAAUUUACUCCCAGGUAAGUGUGUGCAGGCCUGCACCCUAAGAGAAAACAUAGAUCUCUUUCUCUAAAGUGAUCUCAUGUUAACCACGUAUUUUGUGUUACAUUUUGUGACUCAGGCAGUACGUCUAACGCUGGACAGUCUGGAACAGGUUCCCCUGCAAAGUACUAUGAUGAUAUUUAUUUUGAUUCUGAUUCAGAGGAUGAAGACAAAGUAGGUAAAUAACUGGUUAUUUACUGCAAUUAUUAUUGCUUCCUGCAUCAAAAUUCACUUCUGCUUUUGGUGUAUUUCCCUUAUCCACAAGACUUCCAAUGAAUGAGCUCUCAAAAGGUAAUAAUAUGCUGAAGCUUUGACUUGUUUGUAACGUACCAUAUUUUUCCAUGUAUAAGACUAGGUUCCCCCCCCCCCAAAAAAAUAAUGUCAAAAAUUAGGGGGCAUCUUAUACAUGGGGCCAUCUCCCCCCACUUUCUUAAAUCUGAGUACCCAAAAAUAGGGGUCAUCUUAUACAUGGGGGUGUCCUAUAGAUGGAAAAAUACGGUAUAUUUUUAAUUGUUGGCAGAAGCAUUUAACUGUCAGCGCCUGUCUUACCUGCACAGGGAAUAUUCCAUAUUCAUUCUCUGAAGUUGCUACCACAGAGAAAGAAGCAGUCUCAACCUUCGAACUGACGUUGGCUUUUUACGCAUACUGUCGCAAAACGUAGCAAUGUAGUUUACUGUUGUUAUAUUAAGACUGUUACCCAUGUUACAGCAUGCUUCAAGACUAAAUUUCAUUUAUUUGUAAUUAGAAAUAAAUAUUUCACAAUAUAUAAUUACAUGUUGUUUUUGUGAUUAAUCACUAUGCUUUAAUCAUGUUCAAUUUGUAACAAUGUAAAUACAUCCUGCAUAUCAGAUAUUUACAUUAUGAUUCAUAAUAGUAGCAAAAUUAUAGUUAUGAAGUAGCAAUGAAAAUAAUUUUAUGGUUGGGGGUCACCACAAUAUGAGGAACUGUAUUAAAGGGUCAUGGCAUUAGGAAGGUUGAGAACCACUGCCUUAAAUAGAUCUUCAGGCAAAUGAAGGAAUUCCUCCUGCUGUAGUAAACUAACUGUACAUGAAGCUACUAAAUAAGCUAAUGCCUUGCAUCACGGAUGCUAUUUGGUGUCAAGGCAGCUGACCUUGUGAUUGAGACUACUAAAUGCCUUCAUUCUUCUAGAAAGAUGAAUGAAUUUCCUGCAUCCUCACAGACCAUGGUAAAUGUCCUCCUUGAGUUCGCUUAGUCAUUGGUCUCUGGAAAUCAAUUGUACUUUAUCCCAAGUCACACAAUCACCUCAGCUUAAUAAGCAGAGAUAAAGAUGAGCUUUUUGUCCUGACACAUGACCACUUUGCUCUUUCUCUCGUCGUACAGGCAAUGAACCCAAGACACCUCUAAUUAACAUUUCCCAGUUAAAAUAAAAAGGGAAUCUAGUUAAUUAGAGGCUUCUUGGGUUUAUAUCUCAAGAAGCAAAAGGGGUUGUGUGUGUGGACAAAAGGCUUUUUCAUACUUUGUCUUUUAAGGCCAAUAUAUGAUUAUCUGACUACAGCUGGAUAAGAUAGUAUAUUUAGAAACGUAGAAUGGGUUGUAAUAAAACAUUUAUCUGCAAUAUUGCAUUCAUUGUUGCGGCAGGAUUAUUAUUAUUUUUAGAUUCUUGACAAAUGUCUCUACCAAAUCUUUACAUUCUACAUAAAUGGCAUAAUUUCAGAAGUAUUCCACAUUUCAUAGAAUUGUAGUAUUGGAAGGGGCCAUGAGGGGUCAUCUAGCCCAACCACCUGCAACGCAGGAAUCUUUUACCCAGAGUGGGGCUCAAACCCAUGACCUUGAGAUUGAAUCUCAUGCUCUAUGGACUGAAUUAACUCCUGUGGUAAUAAAUGUGAUAAUAAAAAGAGAUGCCCAGUAUGGCCUAUUUUGUGUUUUUAAUUUUGUUGGAAGCUGCCCAGAGUGGCUGGAGCAACCCAGUCAGAUUGGUGGCAUGUAAAUGAGAUAAUAACAAUAAUUUUCCAUUGCACCAGUCUUUAUGUUAAAUGUGUCCUGGAAGGCAAUCCUGAAACACCCUGUUCUCUGAAUAGUUUAUCUAAAGAUUAACACAGUAGUCUUGUGUUGCACAGCAAACUUAAUUAAAACCUAUUGCCAAAAAGGAUAACCAGUUUAGUUGUGUUUAACAAGGACACAUCAUUUCAGUUACAAAUAAGUGAAGUAAAACUUUUAACUAGCAAACACAAACUUAUAUAAAAUAAAAAAUGGAACUAAGAAAUAAAGGUAUUGUGACAGUUUUAAAAUACAUUAGAAUGCAUUGGCUCAAAAUAGUACAAAAAUGCAUUAGAAUGCAUUGACUCAAAAUAGUACAAAAUUAGAAUGCAUUGGCUCAAAAUAGUACAAAAUUAGAAUGCAUUGGCUCAAAAUAGUACAAAAACUCCAGACUUCAUUGCUUUGUUAGCACCAAAAGGAACUCAAGGAACUCAAUUUCACUGUAUACCACAUUUUGCUUCCAGACAGGUGUGCUUUCCCUGCCUCCCUUUCCUUUUAGUGUGGGUUUUGUGACCAAAUUGUUGUGCUUAUUUUGUUCAGGCUUUUGGAAAAUUUACGGAUCCUUUUACUCUUUAGAUCAAGGUGUUUGAGCAGUAAGAUUUGCUGCCGGUUUAUAUUGCACUUUUGCUGUCUGAAGCAGCAACCAUAGAUUCUUCCACUUUCAUUUCAAGUAAUGAACCAAUCAUUCUUUAUUCCUCUUGUGUGUGAAUUUCUUCUGGGCACAAGGUUAAGGGUAAACACAUAUUCGUAACAAACAAACGUUAUAACUCUGGCGAAAAAACCUAAAACCUCUCAGCUUAAUAUUGGGAGUGUGCAUACACACACACGGGUUCAGAUGUACAUCUUGUAACAGCUUCGGGCUUCAUUCGCCCAACUCAUGGCAGUGCCAUUCACCUUACAGUGGUGCCUCGCAAGACGAAAAGAAUCCGUUCCGCGAGUCUCUUCGUCUUGCGGUUUUUUCGUCUUGCGAAGCAAGCCCAUUAGCGGUUUAGCGGAUUAGCACUAUUAGCGGGUUUAGCGGAUCAGCUGAUAAGCGGCUUAGCGGAUCAGCUGAUAAGCGGCUUAGUGACUUAACGGAUCAGCUGUUAAGCGGCUUAGCGGAUCAGCUGAUAAGCGGCUUAGCGAUCAGCUGUUAAGCGGCUUAGCAGAUCAGCUGAUAAGCGGCUUAGCGGCUUGGGAAAAAGGGGGGGGGAAAGGAAAAAAACCCCGCAGGAACUCGCAAGACAUUUUCGUCUUGCGAAGCAAGCCCAUAGGAAAUUCGUUUUGUGAAGCGCCUCCAAAACGGAAAACCCUUUCGUCUAGCGGGUUUUCCGUCUUGCGAGGCAUUCGUCUUGCGGGGCACCACUGUAUUAGCAUGCAACUUUUGUAAGGGAGGCGCAUUACCAAAUAGGCUUCUGAGUCAUGUUCUUUGGGGUGUGUGUUCUAACUGUAUCUGUGUGAACUUGAACAGUUGCUCCAGAAACCAGGAAAAAAAGGAAACAUCAGCAGCGUCGAAUUCCAACUAAUGAUGAGUUGUUCUAUGACCCAGAAGAAGACAACAGAGACCAGGCGUGGGUGGACAGGAAGAGACGGGGGUAAGAAAUUGAGCAUUUAAUUUGAGUCAUGAGAAUACUCGUGUUGUGGUCUUGCACUCAGGUUCUGCUUCUGGGCUUCCCAUAGGCACCUGGUUGGCCACUGUGGGAACAGGAUGUUGGACUAGAUAGUAAUAAUAAUAAUUUAUUAUUUAUACCCCACCCAUCUGGCUGGCUUUCUCCAGAAACUCUGGGUGGCUUCCAACAGAACACUAAAAUACAAUAACCAAUUAAACAUUAAAAGCUUCCCUAAACAGGGCUGCCUUCAGAUGUCUUCUAAAAGUCUGCUAGUUGUUUUGCUCUUUGACAUCUGGUAGGAGGGCGUUCCACAGGGCGGGUGCCACUACCGAGAAGACCCUCUGCCUGGUUCCCUGUAACUUGACUUCUCGCAGCGAGGGAACCGCCAGAAGGCCCUCAGAGCUGGACCUCAGUGUCCUCAGAUAGGCCUUUGGUCUGAUCCAGCAGGCUGCCUUUAACAUCAACUCUACACAUUCCUGAUUUUCUGACAUUGUUGCAGCUUUGUUUCUUAUUAUAUGGAUAUCAAAUGAGCCUUAAUGCUCAGUUUCCCACCUGCACAUUUCUCUAAAGUGAGUGGGAAUUAUCACAUUCUGAUACUAUGUUGGGGGAAAAAAUCAUUUAUUGACUGUUGUUAGAUUGUUUAGUAAUUGAACAAAUGGUACUCCUGCAAGGCACUCUAUUAUAAAAUUCCACUCAAACAUUUGAUGGGAUGGGAUCAUGAGGAACUUAAGACUUUUUAAAAAAUAAAUAUUUUUAUUGAAAAAUUUCAAUGUAGAAUACAAUAAAAGUCAAACUAAUCUAAAGGAAAAUAACAUAAAAUAAUAAGAAAACAAAAUAAAAAGAAAGAUCAAGAGAUAGAAAGGCAAGGGGUGGGAUGAAUACAAAAGUCCUCUAUCACAAUUACAUCAUAUCCCUUCAUCCAUACAGAGAAAAGUAGACGCUCCCAGCUCUCACUCGGGAGCUUCUAUUUCUUCUCCCAGCCUCCUGCUCUGGGAGACCCUUUCUACCCGCCUCCCAGGGCCCCUCAACUUCUAAAACCUGAAAAUAAAAACAACUAAAUUAAAAAAAGGAGAAGAGAAGAAGAAAGAGGGGCUUCCAAUUCUCUUAUCUGUCAAAUAUAUAUAUAUAUAUAUAUAUAUAUAUAUAUAUAUAUAUAAAACAAUCAUUCAAAUUAUUCAAAGCAUACACUACAGAAUAACAUUAGCUACAUCAUAUUAUAUUAUAUAGCUACUUAUCAAUCUGCCAGACAUGUAUGGGGGAUUUAAGUCUGAUUAGUAUUUACUUGCAGCUUGGUGGGAGCUUUUUCUUCUGGGUCCCUUCAAGUGUAAGCAUCUGCUUUCCUUUUGACCAAUCAAGAAACAUGAUCAUGGGCUCUGCCUGUGUGGGCACCACCCAUGUCAGCACUUUUUUCAUGGUGGUGUCUAUAUAUGUUCCUGGAGUGAUGUGGAGUUGCCCUGUACUUGGCAUUAACAUACCAGUUUGUCCCUGUGUGCGUGAAAUAAUUUGAAAUAUUAUUAUUAUUUUCCCCCCUAUUAUGUUUUUUACUGUAAUUUUACUGAUGUUAGCCACCCUGAGCCUGGCUCUGGUUGGGGAGGGCGGGGUAUAAAUAAAAUUUAUUAUUAUUAUAUAAGCAAUGUGGUUAAAAUAGGGAGAGAUACAGGUCUAUAGGGAUAAUCCAUGCAAGCUUUUAAUUUGGGGGUUGUCAUUUUGGAGCAGGAUCUUGUAAUCAUGUGUCUAGGAUUGACAACAAAAAUGGACCUUAUCAGCUAUUACGUGGUAGUUUGAAGACCUUAAUGGUCUGACUAUUUGAACAUACUUUCUAUAAACUUCAACUUCAUUGAGAUACCUAUUCAGACAAUUGGAGGGCAUAUACUGAUCUGUUUGUCUAAAUUAAGAUGGAUGUAUUGAUGUUUAUCAUAGUGAAUAUGAACUAGCAAUUUUGUUUUUUCUUCUCCCCCUUUUGUGGUGGUUUUUUAAAAAAAAUCAAAAAGAGGGGAAAUUUUUUUUUUAAUGUGUUGGGACUGAGAACAUGCAGUACUUGCGACUGUCAUGCUCCUGGCAUGCAGUUUUGGUAUACACCAGUUUCGGUAAAGAUGCCUAACCAGUAAGAAUGCUUCUCCUGACCUAUAAUAUACUGUCUUGUAGGUAUCAUAGGUUAAGAAGUCUUCACUCACAACAGCCACAAGCCAAACUUCCUGCCAUUCCCAGCAGUGACGCUGUUUUGAAUUGUCCUGCAUGCAUGACCACACUGUGCCUUGACUGCCAGAGGUAAUAUUUCAGCCUUAAGAAACUUGUGAUUUAGGUACAGCAAUCACAGAUGAGAUAAGCUAGUGUUUGUUCCUACAGCAACCCUGUAAUUUCAACUGACUCUGUCCGGUUUUCAUGAACUUGCCUUUCAUUAACUAGGAUGUUGGUCAUAAUAUUGUCUUCAUGUUUAAAGAGAGGUAAACUCAGGGCUGGAUUUAGGUUUGAUAAGGCCCUAAGCUACUGAAGGUAAUGGGGCCCUUUAUAUGUCCAUCUGUCCUUUGGUGCUGUUUUUCGUGUUGAAUAUAUGCUAUAUGGUAAUUUAUGGACCUAAUAGGUAUCUAAAGCCAUUUGCACAUAACAAAUAGGAGCCUACACAACACAAAACACUGUUGCUGUAUGUAGGUUUUAUUUUACUUGUUUUUUAUCUUCUAUUUUGGAAAUGUACAUCCAGGGGUUGAAGUCCAACAAUGUUUGGAUGCCCACAGGUUAGCCACUCCUGCAAUAAGUAAAGCUAAGAGCUUUAAUUUUGGCUUGUUGUUGCUAAUUGGGACCAGAUUAAUUUGAGGCACUUUGGUUGGGAUUUUUUUUGGGGGGGGGUGAGGUAGAAUAGGCCCAUCCAUUGCUAAAUGUCACAGAGGUUAUUCUGGAAAAUCACCAGAACACUAUAGGGAGACAGUGACAAAAUGGUUAUUAUUAUGACACAAACUUUCAGUGGUAACAGUACGCUUCAUCAGAUAGAACAGUUUGUUGACUACUAAAGGCCAUGUCAAAUAAGCCAGAUAGUUUUUAACAAGCUUCAUGCUCUUAUCUUUUUUUGGCUAUGCUAUCAUGGUUAUUCUACUGGAAUUCAGACAUAUCUAUUUCAUCUUUGUUUCUUAAAUUUGCAGAUCUCCUGGAUUCAGGACAUGUAGGGUUACCAAUUUUGUAAUAUUUUUAUCAGCAACAGAUUAUUGCAUUCCCAUUUCUUUUCUUCUUUUUUUCAGGCACGAAUCAUACAGAACUCAGUACAGAGCAAUGUUUGUCAUGAAUUGCACCGUUAUCAAAGAAGAGAUUCUGAAAUACAAAGGUCCAUUGAACAAAAAGACAAAGAGAGGGCACAAGAAAAUUAAACAGAGUAGUGAAUCCAUUGCUAGUCAGGAAAAACAGGAAGAGGAGGAGAUAUAUCAUCCAGUAAAAUGUACUGAAUGUUCAACAGAAGUGGCUGUCUUAGAUAAGGAUGAAGUCUUUCAUUUUUUCAAUGUUCUAGCAAGCCACUGCUAAGAUGCAGCAUUUUGCAUUGGGUUAAGUUUGCAUAAAAAUUCAAAAGCCAAGGACUGUUCUGUUUCAUUUGUAUCGUCUAUUAAUCUGAUGUAAAAAUUGUAUCCUUGCCACACACCCUGUAUUGGUAAAGCAAGUGAACUGUAGUUAUGUAUAUAGUUCAUGUUUUUAGAACAGUUUCUUAUGUAUAUAAAUAUUUUUAUCCUGCUAUUUAGAAUUAAAAUGUUCUGAUCUUGGGGGAAUUUAGACCAUAGUCUGUGGCAUGGCUGCCUGAUAAUGUUGCUAUAAGCAUUACUGUAAGAGUUGAGCUUUAGUUUGUGUAAAUCAGAUAUUGGUAGCACUAAACUCCGUUCAAGACUUGUUUUUUGUUUUCCAUUCUUUAUUCACCCCAAUAUUUUGGAAACCCUGUGUACUUGCUACAGUUUCUUGCUAUAAUUUAAGGUUUGCCAUCUUGUUCUCAUAGCAAGACUGCCUUCUCUAACAUCAAAAAGCUGAACACCUUCCUAAAAGCGGUGUCCGUAUAUCAAGUAAAAACAAUCACAGAUGUGUUCUUGGUGUCUUACCUAUCAAACUCUUGUCAUUUAGGUCCUUUUCUAUAGGCUGUGUAAAAACUAUAAUUUAAACACCUUUGAAUGUGUUACAAAAUGCAGACUAGUCGGUAGAAUUUAUUGCUGAAAUGCUAUUGUAAAAAAAAACAUUGCAGCUUUCCCUGGAAUAUGUAGAAGCGAUAGAAGUAUUAUCAUCUUUUAGGUUCCAGGUGAAAACUUUUAUUCUUGUCUGUAUACUUCAGCUGUAUGUUUAUUUCGCCUGUGAUUGAGUUAGUGCAGCCUCUUUUAUUUAUUUCAUAAAAUUUAUACACUGUUUGAUUGUAACAAGCCCUCAAAGUCUAUUGAUGGAAUCAAGAAAAAAUUACAAUACUUUAAAACAUAACAAAAAGUGAAACUUGUAGUUGUUUAGUCGUGUCCGACUCUUCGUGACCCCAUGGACCAGAGCACGCCAGGCACUCCUGUCUUCCACUGCCUCCCGCAGUUUGGUCAAACUCAUGCUGGUAGCUUCGAGAACACUGUCCAACCAUCUCAUCCUCUGUCGUCCCUUCUCCUUGUGCCCUCAAUCUUUCCCAACAUCAGGGUCUUUUCCAGGGAGUCUUCUCAUGAGGCGGCCAAAGUAUUGAAGCCAAACUACUAAAAUAUUAAAAUUCACCUCAGCUUUCUAAGGAUCUAUCUGUUUAUUGAGUACUUUGCUUUAUAAUCUUUUGUGAACUGCCUUGGAAAUUAGUAAUUGAAGGUUUUAAUAGAUUUUGGAAUUGUGUUCUCCAUCG